AUGUACGGUUCGAAAUCCUGUGAACACUCCGCCGAGCUCGAUGGCGGUUCUGUCGUACUGUUGUGCGACGUGAUGAUGAGGGAAGGAGGACAAGACUCGAAAGAACGUCCGUUACGGCUGGACACCGACGAUCAUCGCCAACUGCCCGUAGGCGUUUUCGUUCUUCGCACAUCUUCUUGCAGGUGCCGUAAAAGUCGUGCACUUCCGGAGGACUUUCCGGAACAACAACCGUAA